AUGCUCAAGCCUGGCAACCCACCCACCAUCAGUCUCACACAGGUCUGCCGACAAAUUCGAGAUGAGUUCAGGAAGAUCUACAUGCAAAACGUUUCCUUCACAGUCAGAGACAAAGACAUCAAGAGGUUCACGAACGCGUUCUUUGCGUCGGGCCAUACGAACCAGCGGGUACUCGACGGGCAACGCCCCUCACGCGUCAUUUAUCUCUAUCCGCCUUCCAUGAAUGUGGACAUACUGCCUCUCGUGGAACUCAAGAUGGCAUACCCGCAAACCGAGGUCACCGUCAUCCCCGGUCCUGCAGAUAUCGAAGAGCAACCCUACUCUCAGUUUAACUAUCUACCAGCAGAGUUGCGCAAUCGUAUCUAUGACUUCGCUGCUGAGACCGAAGCCGACCAACCUCGCUGCGUACUGCCGUGUCUCGCGCUUGCGCAGAGCUGUCAACAGCUUCGUACCGAGUAUCGAUCUAUCUGCCUGAAGCGAGACAUCGUAAUCGAUUGGAAGGCGGUUGCCGGUUACAUGCGCACCUUCUUCCCCACCGUCGACGGCAAGAUCGAGAAUGUUGAGCUUGCACCGGCGAACAUGACCAUAGUCACUCCAUGGCGCGGCAAAACGGAGGACACGGGUGGUGAGCUUGACUUACUACCGUUGGUCAAAUUUGGCCUCUGUAGACCAAACUUCGCCUGUCACUUCAUCCACGACACGAAAAUCCUGGAACGUGCCGAGAAAGAGGCAGAUACAAAUCCACAUAGUGAUGGACGUAACUUCAGAGGCUACAUCAAGGAUGACACCGAGGCUCUAGAAGGGAUGAUGGGCAGUCGUAACCCAAAGUGGCUGUCCGAUAUCGAAACUGGUGUUAUUACCAAGCUCAUCGCUUUCAAUAUCGGCGUUAGCGAUCCGCCGCAGGCAACGUUCUAUCUGAAACGAUCGUUGUCCGACUUCGAAACGCAUUAUAAGAGCUACGAAGAAACUCUGUUCGAGGAGUUCUACUUCGAAAGUAUCGGUGCCGAUGCGUUUUGGGGAGAAUUUGAGAGGUUUCCUGAAAUAAAGUUUGAGUGA